CUGAGUUACUCCCCUUACAUAACUCGCGCCAUUUACAAUACAAAUUGCAUGGAAAGAAAUGCGUACAAUGCGAGGCUCGGCAGAAGAAAUAGAGAGAAAAGGAGACGAGUUAAAUGUGUGUCUAACAGUUUCAUGAAGUCCUGUGCUCACGAGGAAGGUUUUGUUAAACUGCGACAAUGGAUGACACAAAAUUAUGGAUUCAGAAAUUGCUUAGUUCCAGCUUUGUUUCCAGAAACUGGAAGAGGCUUGAUGACAAAAAGAGCUAUCAAGUCAGGGGAGAUAAUUGUGUCUUUACCACAUUCUCUGUUAAUCACCACAAAAACUGUGCUGGACAGUGAAAUUGGACAUGUAAUAAAAAGAUGGAAACCUAAACUAUCACCACAACAGUGCCUGUCAAUAUUCCUGAUCUGGGAGAGAAACAAGCACACAUCUUCCACUUGGUUCCCAUAUAUUAACCUUCUACCUUCCAGUUUCACUACACCGGCUUAUUUUUCACAGACUGAGUUAACUUACUUACCUACAGCUGUCAGAUCUAAAGCUGUGAAAGAGUGUGAAAAACUUGAGGACACAUUUAAUGAAGUGAAACAGUUUAGCAUGAAACAUUGGAAUGAGUUUUAUAAAAUGCUGACAUCUGAUGUGUAUAGAUGGGCAUGGUAUGUGAUAAAUACAAGAAGCGUGUUUUAUCAGAGCGGACAAAGUGAAUAUCUAAGUACAGAGGAACCUGAUACUAUAGCGUUAGCCCCAUUCCUGGAUUUACUAAACCAUUCUCCUGCAGCUAAUAUCAAAGCUGGUUUUAAUCCAGUCAACAAGAGUUAUGAGAUUAUUACAAAUGACACCUACAAAGCUUACGAUCAAGUGUUUAUAUCUUACGGUUGCCAUGGUAACCAGAAACUUUUCUUAGAGUAUGGGUUUUGUGUGCCAGACAAUCCUGAUGAUGAAUUUGAAGUUAUGUUAUAUAAUUUAGUAAUCUUACUAUUUUUUUCAGAAGAUAUUGUCAAGGCAUGCAAGCACUUUGCAGUUGAACAUUUAUCCAAGAAGAUGGAAUUGCUGCAGGAACAUGGUUUACUGAAGUCUUUGAUGUGCACCAAAGAAGGUUUGUCCUGGAAACUGCUUACAGUUUUUAAAACAUUGGCUAUGGAUUGGAAUCAGCUUCAAUGCUGGAACCAGGUAUUUACAGAUGAGGCAGCUUUCACAGAAGUACUUCCAGCAGCAAACAACAUGGCUAGUUACAUUCUGCAGCAAUAUCUGACAGAAAAUACACAGCUAAUGAAAUAUGUUGAACAGACUGUAUCAAGUACUGACAACCCUGAACAUGUUGACAUUGCAAGACAACUCAUAUAUAUUGAGAAACAUAUUUUGACGGCGUCAUUACCUUCAUGAAGCUUUAAGUGAACAUGAUGUUAAAUUAAUGAAAGGAAAAUUACCAGAGUCAUUGUCAAUUGUAUGAACUUAACUUUGUGAAACUGUGAUAUAUAAAGCUAUAAAAAACAUUUUUAGUGGUAUUAUUUUC